AUGCAUGGAGAUCAAGCAGAUUUAUGGGUCCAGAACUCAAUUCAGCCACAAGGAAGGGGGAUAUGGAAAGGAAUUCAAAAACAGAAGUACAUUAUUGAAGCUAACACUGAUGCCGAGAUUGAAGAUGGGAAAUCAAUUAAAUUUUGGUGGGACAAAUGGAAGAUAGAGAUGCCACUUAAAGAGAGAUUUCCAAGAAUAUAUAAGAUUGCUCUACACAAAAAUGCUACACUCAGAGAUAUGGUGACAAAUGGCUCUUGGAAUUGCCAGAUGAAAAGAAACUUAAACAAUGAAGAACUUAUAGAGAUUACAGAACUAUUACACUUGCUUGCAGAACCCCCAGUUUUCACAAAAGAAGAAGAUUCAAUUCAAUGGAGAGGCACAUAUAGAUUCUCCACAAAAAACUGUUAUAACUGGUUGAUUGAAAUAGCAGACACCCCCUCCUCUCAAGUUCCUUAA